AUUGCGAAAAGAUGGUGCUCUGUUCUGUGCAGCAGAAUAUACUAGAGUAGAGAGAAGUUGCACUCAUCCUCACAUAAAUAAAUGAUCCAGGCUAGAAAGUUGACUUUUAUCUGAUCUGUCCACAUAAUCUUUGGAAUAGCUGUUGUGCCUGUGUUUCAGGCAUUUCACAUAGCGGAAUUAGUCUCAAAAACUGCCUUGGGUCGGCUUUGGGGUGAGUUCGUCUGACAGUUCGCUGUUCGCGAUCACAGCAAAUGCGCGUUUCGAUGGCUUGUAGUGUGUGUGAAGAGAUGCCAAUAGUGUAACGCGGAAGUUCGUUAGUUUACAGUUGUUGUGCAUUUUGUGUACAGUAGACCUUCCACCAAAUUCUGUGUUCAAGUUCUUUUUUUUUCUGGGCAUUGUAAGUGUUGAAACGUAUUAGGACAACAAACACGCUCCUCACCCGCUGAAGCACCAUGGCAACAAAAAGGCAGGCCCUCGGAGCUGUUGUACUUUGUCUGGUGCUUGUUGCUGCUGUCAAACUUCUGCUUUCGGAUUCCAGAACUGAAAGGAAUCAGAAGUUGGCCAACAUGGAUGCUGGCUCAUUUUGGCACCAGGGACCAAAGGUGAAGGAGGCUGUUACUGUACACAAGUCAGAGGUUAUAAACUAUUUUUUGAACCGGGCCCAGAAACCAGAGGUUCCAGAUCCUCCAGUAGAAAAUGAUUCCCCACCACAGAAUCCAGAGGGGGCGGACACAGGGAAAAUAGUAGCACCUCUGGAAACCAGCAAAGGCCCUGCAAGAAUAGUACACCUGGAUCUGAAAGGUGCUGCACCCAAAGUCAAAUACAUGAAGCAGAUCUUCCCUCUCUUCUCCUCUCUGGGUGCUGAUGGUGUUCUGAUAGAGUACGAGGACAUGUUUCCCUAUCAUGGAAACCUGACGAUUCUCAGGUCACCGUAUGCCUACAGUAUGGAAGAUAUCGAGGAGAUAAAGAGACUAGCCAAACUCAACAAGCUGGAGCUGAUUCCUUUAGUGCAAGUGUUUGGACACCUCGAGUUUGUGUUGAAGCAUGAGAGGUAUUUCCACCUGAGGGAGGUGAGGGCCUUCCCUAACAGUCUGAACCCCUACCAUCCUGGCUCUGUGGCUCUGGUCAAGGACAUGGUCUCCCAGGUCAUGGACUGUCAUCCUGACGCACGCUGGUUCCACAUGGGGGCUGAUGAGGUGAGGGGUCUGGGAGAGAGCCAGGACUCUAAAAACUGGUUACAUAGCAACAAGGGGGAUGUUGGGAAAAUGUUCCUGAACCAUGCAGUGUCAUUGGCCCGUUUCAUCACAGAGAGGAGGUCAGGGGUCAGAGUGAUUCUGUGGGACGACAUGUUGAGGAAGAUCAGCCCUGCCACUAUCAAAGAGUCAGGCCUGCAGGAUCUUGCUUCCCCAACAAUAUGGAACUAUUUGAAGAAAAUGGAUACAGAUGGUAUAGGAACAUUGAUAUCUAGAUACCAUGAGGCCGGUUUCAAGGGUGUAUGGUUCGCCAGUGCAUUCAAAGGGGGCACAGGUAUUGACCAGCGAUGGACCCCUCUUGACUAUCACCUACAGAACCAUCUGUCAUGGAUAAAGGUCAUGAACUCUAUGACCAAAUACCCCUCCAUAACCCUCCAUGGCAUCCUGCUAACUGGAUGGCAAAGGUUUGAGCACCAUACAGUGUUGUGUGAACUCCUCCCAGUUGGCAUUCCCUCCCUGGCUAUGUGUCUACAGAGCUUAAAGCAUGGUGCAUUUGACGAAAAGGCAAAGAUGAAGGCUCACCACAUACUGGGCUGCAACAUCAAGGUGGAGAAAGAUAUCUGUGAGGGGAGUGGAGCCUUCUCAGGCUCUCAGAUCUACCACAUGGUGCUUUACAUUCACACAAACCUGCAGAAGGAGGUGGAAGCCCUCAUGAAACACUACCACAUCAAAGGGGGUUUCAGUCGCUACCACAGAAAAUACAAUUUUGCAAAUUCAAGAAUUAUAGAAUUCUUUCAAGAUCAGCUGAAUAAACUGUUGGAUAAGUGGGAGACGUACAUGGAGAACUUCCGUAUGGAGAUGGAGGGCAUCUACUUCCCAGACACAGUGGAGGAGUGGAUGGAGGAGAAUGUCAACGCCAACAUGGAUCUACUGAGAGAGAAUGCCCGGGAUGCCGAGCGAAUCCUAAAACUGAACGGACAGCCAAAGUCACUGAAGACCUUAUAGGGACUUGUCUUGUACAAUCUCCAGACCUGAUGCUGUUGGGUUGGAACUUAGCACACAGUACCUGUUGCUGGUAUGUCUAAAGGAGUUUUUCCUGACCAUGUGACUUGACCAGGAAAUACUCUGGGUCAUAGUUAUACUGGUGCUAGUUAUAGCCUGUAACUAGGGUCCACAAUUUGGCUAUCUGGCUUUACAAGGCAUUAACUGUUUGAUUGCACUGAAUAGUGACGUGUCACAUGGCUCAUAUUUAUAUAGCAAAUCAUGCUCUUUGCAGAAUCUGCACUGAAGCUGUUUCUUUGUAUGUUUGUUUUCUUGUUUGUUUGUGGUGGGGAGCUCUGAUGAGAACAACAUUCUGUUAAAACACUGUCUGUUCCUGUAUAUGUAUUUUUUAGCUCCUCACUGUUGCCACAUAAUGAUGCAACUAAGAUGUAAGAAGGGCUAUAUAAAAUAAAAUUGAUUGAUUGAUU